UAAAGAUUUCCUUGAUACAUAUUGAUUGAGAUUCAUUGCACUAUUGAGUUGUUCUGAAUGGUGGUCAUGAAAUUUUUAUUUGCGAUUGCCACCACCCUCCAUUUCACCUCCAUCGCCUCAAAGAAACUCGACAUAUCUUCAGAAGAAAGUAUAGAAAACAUCCUCUUCUACAAAGACUUCAGGCCCAAAAAGCAAGAGCUGGCACCAUUGCCACCCGAACGGUUAGUGUUGCCAGCACAACCAAAACAGCCAGAGUGCAUACCUCGAAUGUGCUGUUCCAUGUCUUGUACGAACUCCUGCGGACAAAAUGAAAUAGGCCCUGAUAGCCUUCAGCGAAGUCAACCUACGAAUUAUAUGAAUCCUGGUAAUUCAAAUCCUUUUAGGCCUAUGAAUUCCAUGAAUUCUCUGAAUUCUAUAAAUCCUAUGAAUCCCAUGAAUCCUAUGAAUUCUAUAAAUUCUAUGAAUUCUAUGAAUUCUAUGAAUCAUUUCAACUCGAUUGGCCCAAGGAACCCAAUGCCAACUAUGCCACCAAUGCCACAGCAGAAGCCAAUACCACAAUUUAUGAAGCAGCCGAAGAAAAAGAAGCAACCACCGGUCCCAUUACAUACAAGAAGGGACAGCGGCAACGCUAGAGAACAUAUCAAGAGCCUCAUAUCCCAGGAUGAGGAUAUUAAGAAGAUUCUAAAGGAUUUGGUGAAGGUAACCAUGAAGAAGGUGGACUUGCUGGAGAUGAUCAAAGCGAGGAGAGCUGUGGCGAGCGGGAAUUUUGGUUUGAAUAAUGGUGAUGAUGAUGAGGAAGAAUUGUGAUUGAUUGGUAAAUGAAAGAAACUAAACUAGUUUUAGGAUGUUGCCGUUGCCUUUAUUGCCCGAAGGUCUUUCAGGCCAAUCAAAUUA